UGUGCUGGGUUCCACCUUAUAUCAUCAAUUACAUUCUUCCAAAGUAAACUACAAUUUACUAUAAAAGGACAAGUUCUGAAAGACAGCUCACAUUAGCUCUUGAUGAUGCUCGUCGCCUCCAUGGGGACUGUGAGGAUGUCCCAGAUGUGGAUGCUGAGAUGGGUCGUCCUGCUGGUGGGGCUGCAGUCCAUACAAGCAGACUUUAUGGAAGAUUAUGGCGGUACAGAAGAUCCUAUGGACUUUACAACAACAGAAGCAUGGCCAACAACUACAGCAGUCUAUCCCAGUAACCAUGUCAACAACAUCUGCAGUAUGUGGGGAAACUUCCACUUCAAGACGUUCGAUGGGGACGUUUAUCAGUUCCCAGGCACGUGCGAGUAUAACCUGGUGUCUGACUGCCAAAACCUCAUUCGCCAGUUCUCAGUUAAUGUGAAGAGAACAGGACUCGAUAAUGACCCAAAGAUCAGCAGGGUGUCGAUUACCAUUGAUUUCAUCACCAUUGAGUUGACCGAGAACCAGGUCGUGGUCAAUGGAGAAAAUGAAACGCUGCCCGUGUAUAUAGGAGGGAUCUUUCUGGAAGAGAACACAAACUACACCAGGGUCCGUUCCAAAACGGGCAUCACUGUCUCGUGGAACAAAGAAGAUACAGUCAUGGUAGAGUUGGACUCUGAAUAUUCAGAUCAAACCUGUGGCUUGUGUGGCGAUUUCAAUGGAGUUCCUGAUGAGUUUAUUGAAUCAGGAUCAGGAUUCGAACGAACGGUUGGCUUCAUUGAGUUUGGGAAUAAGCACAGAGUUUACAUCCCAAAUGAUAAUUGCAAUGAUCUCUCUGAAGAACGUGACAAGAAAGACAGGUUUAACAAGUGUGACAAUCAUAAGGCAGAUUGUGCAGAUCUUUUGGAGGAUGAAGACUGGUUCUCCUGUAAUAAGAUUUUGAACCCUGAGCCGUAUAUCAGUGCCUGUAUACUUGAUAUGUGCAUGUACGAACCUGAAGACACCGUCAACUCCUCGCUCUGUUCGACUUUGUCUGAAUAUUCACGUCAGUGUUCGCAUGCUGGGGGAAAUCCACCGAACUGGAGAACAGAUGACUUCUGCGCUGUCACAUGCCCCUACAAUAUGGAACAUUCUGAAAGCGGCUCCCCCUGUUUGGACACAUGCUCGCACAAAGUCACACUGUGUGAGGAACACAAGAUCGAUGGCUGCUUCUGCCCACCAGGAACUGUAUUUGAUGAUAUCACACACAUUGGCUGCAUCCUGGUGGAGCUAUGUCAGUGCACACACAACAACAUCAACUACGAGCCAGGAGAUUUUCUUUUCAAUAAGGAGGAGAAAUGUAUAUGUGAGAAGGGAAAGUGGAUCUGUGAGAGUAUUCCCGUCCCUGGCCUGUGCGCAGUAGAGGAAGGAUCUCACUUCACCACCUACGAUGGGAAAGAAUUCACUUUCCAUGGAGAGUGCAUCUAUGUGCUCUCAAAAGACUGUAACGAGACAAAGUUCAUCAUAUUGGUUCAGAUAUAUCCUUGUGGUACUCUUGUUGGCACCUGUUUAAAAUCUAUAGAAGUGCUAUUUUACAACGAUAAGAACAAUCGUCUGGUGAUUAACUAUGACGGCACAGUACAACACAAUGCAAAGGUUUUACUUCCUUACAAGGCAGCUGACUUCACAGUGUUCAAGCCGUCAUCGUUUUACAUCAUACUUCAGACCUCCUUUGGGCUGCAGGUGCAGGUACAGCUGGUGCCUCUUAUGCAGGUGUACAUCACUGUGGACCAAAGCUUCCAGGGCAAGACUUGUGGUCUCUGUGGAAAUUUUAACAAAGUGUUGUCUGAUGACCUGAAGACCCCUCAGGGCCUGGUGGAGGGUACAGCGGAUUCCUUCGCUAAUGCCUGGAAGGCCCAGUCCAACUGCCCUGACCAUGAAGAGAGGAUGGAAGACCCCUGUUCCUACAGCAGUGAGAUCGAGCACUUUGCCGAGUACUGGUGUUCCAUGAUGAAGGACAAGGAGAGUCUCUUUGCCAAAUGUCACACCACUGUCAAUCCAGACAGCUACUACAAAAGAUGCAAAUACUCCAGUUGUACCUGUAAGAGAAGCGAGGACUGUCUGUGUGCAGUGUUCUCCUCAUACGCCCGGGCCUGUGCGGCUAAAGGAAUAUUUCUUCAAGGCUGGCGAGAAAUUGUGUGCGAGAAGUAUACAGAGAACUGCCCGAAAUCACAGAACUACUCCUAUCAGCUGCAGAGCUGCCAGCGUACCUGUCUUUCUCUCGCCUCUGAACACCAAAUCUGCAGCGUUCACUCUGUGCCCGUUGAUGGAUGCGCAUGUCCAAAAAGAUUCUACGAGGAUGAGAAAGGACUGUGUGUACCUAUUGAAAAAUGUCCAUGUGACUACAAAGGAGAGACAGUCCAACCUGGCAAGUCUAUCAACAUUAAUAAUGAACACUGUAUUUGCGUGAAUGGAACAUUGCAUUGUCAGUCUUGGAAAACCCAAAUUCUGGAGUGUCCUACACCAAAGGUUUUCUUCAACUGCAGUACAGCAGGCCCAGAUGAACAUGGAUUGGCAUGUGCACAGACUUGUAUGCAAAAGAAAGUUGAUUGUUUCUCACAGGAAUGUGAAUCUGGAUGCCAGUGUCCUGCAGGUCUACUGGACGAUGGCGAAGGAAAAUGUGUUACACCUCAUGAAUGUCCAUGUCCUCAUGAUGGAGAGCUUCAUGCACCAGGAAAAAAGAUAACUGUACAUUGCAAUACGUGCACUUGUCAAGGGGGUACAUGGAUAUGUACAGAAAAUAAGUGUUCAGGCGUCUGCACAAUAUACGGAAGUGGACAUUAUAAAACUUUUGACCAGGAAAGAUUUGGCUUCAGGGGAGACUGCAGUUAUAUAGCUGCUCAGGACAAAUGUGGAAAUAAGACAGGAAAUUUCCAUGUAAUCACUGAAAAUAUUCCUUGUGGAACAACAGGGACAACAUGCUCAAAGGCUGUUGUCAUCAUUUUGGGGGAAACUGUGCUAGAGCUUUCUGAUGGGACUGUAAAAGUCUCUAAUACUACUAGUGGACCACAGAUCAACUAUAUAGAGAGAAAAAUUGGGAUUUACCUUGUUAUUGAUACUGACAUUGGACUGACGGUUUUGUGGGACCGCAAAACCACUAUCCGCAUCAUUCUGCAACCUCAGCACAUGGGAAAUGUAUGUGGCCUAUGUGGAAAUUUCAAUGGGAAUGGGAAAGAUGACUUCACCACUCAAGGCAGUUUGCAAACCACAAAUCUAAUAGAGUUUGUUGAUAGCUGGAAAGUGUCAAGCAGAUGCCCUGAUUCUGCACCAGACUUUGAUCCAUGCUUUGAGACCCCCCAUCGUGUGGCUUGGGCAAGAAAAGAAUGUAUAAUCAUAAUGGAAGAUAAGUUCAUAAAUUGCUCUAAAAAGGUGGAUCCAAACCCAUAUUAUGAGAACUGUGUGAAGGAUUCGUGUGCAUGUGACACAGGCGGAGAUUGUGAUUGCCUCUGUACAGCUGUGGCAGCUUACGCUCAAGCCUGCAAUGAUGCGGGUGUUUAUGUUGAUUGGAGAACACCUGAGUUCUGCCCUGUGUGCUGUGACUACUACAAUAAACUAGGAGUCUGCACAUGGCACUACAGUCCAUUUACACCUUUGUACGAAAUCUGUCCAAAACCUAAGGAUAUCUGCCAUAAAACUUUACCCAACGUGGAAGGAUGUUUUCCAAAAUGUCCAAACGACAACCCUAUUUUUGAUGAGGAACAACAGAUAUGUGUGAAGAAUUGUACUACUAGUACAACUCCUGGCACACCGCCUACUUCGACAUCGACAACCACCUCCACUACUCCAAUUACACCUCCAACAACUGUUUCAACAGAAGUACCAUCUACAACUAGUACAACUCCUGGCACACCGCCUCCUUCGACAUCGACAACCACCUCCACUACUCCAAAUACACCUCCAACAACUGUUUCAACAGAAGUACCAUCUACAACUAGUACAACUCCUGGCACACCGCCUCCUUCGACAUCGACAACCACCUCCACUAUUCCAAUUACACCUCCAUCAACUGUUUCAACAGAAGUACCAUCUACAACUAGUACAACUCCUGGCACAUCUACAACUAGUACAACUCCUGGCACACCGCCUCCUUCGACAUCGACAACCACCUCCACUACUCCAAUUACACCUCCAUCAACUGUUUCAACAGAAGUACCAUCUACAACUAGUACAACUCUUGGCACAUCUACAACUAGUACAACUCCUGGCACACCGCCUCCUUCGACAUCGACAACCACCUCCACUACUCCAAUUACACCUCCAUCAACUGUUUCAACAGAAGUACCAUCUACAACUAGUACAACUCCUGGCACACCGCCUCCUUCGACAUCGACAACCACCUCCACUACUCCAAUUACACCUCCAUCAACUGUUUCAACAGAAGUACCAUCUACAACUAGUACAACUCCUGGCACACCGCCUCCUUCGACAUCGACAACCACCUCCACUACUCCAAUUACACCUCCAUCAACUGUUUCAACAGAAGUACCAUCUACAACUAGUACAACUCCUGGCACACCGCCUCCUUCGACAUCGACAACCACCUCCACUACUCCAAUUACACCUCCAACAACUGUUUCAACAGAAGUACCAUCUACAACUAGUACAACUCCUGGCACACCGCCUCCUUCGACAUCGACAACCACCUCCACUACUCCAAUUACACCUCCAACAACUGUUUCAACAGAAGUACCAUCUACAACUAGUACAACUCCUGGCACACCGCCUCCUUCGACAUCGACAACCACCUCCACUACUCCAAUUACACCUCCAACAACUGUUUCAACAGAAGUACCAUCUACAACUAGUACAACUCCUGGCACACCGCCUCCUUCGACAUCGACAACCACCUCCACUAUUCCAAUUACACCUCCAUCAACUGUUUCAACAGAAGUACCAUCUACAACUAGUACAACUCCUGGCACAUCUACAACUAGUACAACUCCUGGCACACCGCCUCCUUCGACAUCGACAACCACCUCCACUACUCCAAUUACACCUCCAUCAACUGUUUCAACAGAAGUACCAUCUACAACUAGUACAACUCCUGGCACAUCUACAACUAGUACAACUCCUGGCACACCGCCUCCUUCGACAUCGACAACCACCUCCACUACUCCAAUUACACCUCCAUCAACUGUUUCAACAGAAGUACCAUCUACAACUAGUACAACUCCUGGCACACCGCCUCCUUCGACAUCGACAACCACCUCCACUACUCCAAUUACACCUCCAUCAACUGUUUCAACAGAAGUACCAUCUACAACUAGUACAACUCCUGGCACACCGCCUCCUUCGACAUCGACAACCACCUCCACUACUCCAAUUACACCUCCAACAACUGUUUCAACAGAAGUACCAUCUACAACUAGUACAACUCCUGGCACACCGCCUCCUUCGACAUCGACAACCACCUCCACUACUCCAAUUACACCUCCAACAACUGUUUCAACAGAAGUACCAUCUACAACUAGUACAACUCCUGGCACACCGCCUCCUUCGACAUCGACAACCACCUCCACUACUCCAAUUACACCUCCAACAACUGUUUCAACAGAAGUACCAUCUACAACUAGUACAACUCCUGGCACACCGCCUCCUUCGACAUCGACAACCACCUCCACUACUCCAAUUACACCUCCAUCAACUGUUUCAACAGAAGUACCAUCUACAACUAGUACAACUCCUGGCACACCGCCUCCUUCGACAUCGACAACCACCUCCACUACUCCAAUUACACCUCCAUCAACUGUUUCAACAGAAGUACCAUCUACAACUAGUACAACUCCUGGCACACCGCCUCCUUCGACAUCGACAACCACCUCCACUACUCCAAUUACACCUCCAACAACUGUUUCAACAGAAGUACCAUCUACAACUAGUACAACUCCUGGCACACCGCCUCCUUCGACAUCGACAACCACCUCCACAACUCCAAUUACAGCUCCGCCAACUGUUUCAACAGAAGUUCCAUCUACAACUAGUACAACUCCUGGCACACCGCCUCCUUCGACAUCGACAACCACCUCCACAACUCCAAUUACGCCUCCAUCAACUGUUUCAACAGAAGUACCAUCUACAACUAGUACAACUCCUGGCACACCAUCUCCUUCGACAUCGACAACCACCUCCACUACUCCAAUUACACCUCCAACAACUGUUUCAACAGAAGUACCUUCUACAACUAGUACAACUCCUGGCACACCGCCUCCUUCGACAUCGACAACCACCUCCACUACUCCAAUUACACCUCCAACAACUGUUUCAACAGAAGUACCAUCUACAACUAGUACAACUCCUGGCACACCGCUCCUUCGACAUCGACAACCACCUCCACUACUCCAAUUACACCUCCGCCAACUGUUUCAACAGAAGUACCAUCUACAACUAGUACAACUCCUGGCACACCGCCUCCUUCGACAUCGACAACCACCUCCACUACUCCAAUUACACCUCCAACAACUGUUUCAACAGAAGUACCAUCUACAACUAGUACAACUCCUGGCACACCGCCUCCUUCGACAUCGACAACCACCUCCACUACUCCAAUUACACCUCCAACUGUUUCAACAGAAGUACCACCAUCUACAACUAGUACAACUCCUGGCACACCGCCUCCUUCGACAACCACCUCCACUACUCCAAUUACACCUCCCAACUGUUUCAACAGAAGUACCAUCUACAACUAGUACAACUCCUGGCACACCGCCUCCUUCGACAUCGACAACCACCUCCACUACUCCAAUUACACCUCCCAACUGUUUCAACAGAAAAGUACCAUCUACAACUAGUACAACUCCUGGCACACCGCCUCCUUCGACAUCGACAACCACCUCCACUACUCCAAUUACACCUCCAACUGUUUCAACAGAAGUACCAUCUACAACUAGUACAACUCCUGGCACACCGCCUCCUUCGACAUCGACAACCACCUCCACUACUCCAAUUACACCUCCAACUGUUUCAACAGAAUACAACUCCUGGCACACCGCCUCCUUCGACAUCGACAACCACCUCCACUACUCCAAUUACACCUCCACAACUGUUUCAACAGAAGUACCAUCUACAACUAGUACAACUCCUGGCACACCGCCUCCUUCGACAUCGACAACCACCUCCACUACUCCAAUUACACCUCCGCCAACUGUUUCAACAGAAGUACCAUCUACAACUAGUACAACUCCUGGCACACCGCCUCCAUCGACAACCACCUCCACUACUCCAAUUACACCUCCAACUGUUUCAACAGAAGUACCAUCUACAACUAGUACAACUCCUGGCACACCGCCUCCAUCGACAACCACCUCCACUACUCCAAUUACACCUCCAACUGUUUCAACAGAAGUACCAUCUACAACUAGUACAACUCCUGGCACACCGCCUCCAUCGACAACCACCUCCACUACUCCAAUUACACCUCCAACUGUUUCAACAGAAGUACCAUCUACAACUAGUACAACUCCUGGCACACCGCCUCCAUCGACAACCACCUCCACUACUCCAAUUACACCUCCAACAACUGUUUCAACAGAAGUACCAUCUACAACUAGUACAACUCCUGGCACACCGCCUCCUUCGACAUCGACAACCACCUCCACUACUCCAAUUACACCUCCAACAACUGUUUCAACAGAAUACAACUCCUGGCACACCGCCUCCUUUGACAUCGACAACCACCUCCACUACUCCAAUUACACCUCCACAACUGUUUCAACAGAAGUACCAUCUACAACUAGUACAACUCCUGGCACACCAUCUCCUUCGACAUCGACAACCACCUCCACUACUCCAAUUACACCUCCAACAACUGUUUCAACAGAAGUACCAUCUACAACUAGUACAACUCCUGGCACACCGCCUCCUUCGACAUCGACAACCACCUCCACUACUCCAAUUACACCUCCAACAACUGUUUCAACAGAAGUACCAUCUACAACUAGUACAACUCCUGGCACACCGUCUCCUUCGACAUCGACAACCACCUCCACUACUCCAAUUACACCUCCGCCAACUGUUUCAACAGAAGUACCAUCUACAACUAGUACAACUCCUGGCACACCGCCUCCUUCGACAUCGACAACCACCUCCACUACUCCAAUUACACCUCCAACAACUGUUUCAACAGAAGUACCAUCUACAACUAGUACAACUCCUGGCACACCGCCUCCUUCGACAUCGACAACCACCUCCACUACUCCAAUUACACCUCCGCCAACUGUUUCAACAGAAGUACCAUCUACAUCUACAACUAGUACAACUCCUGGCACACCGCCUCCAUCGACAACCACUUCCACUACUCCAAUUACUACACCACCAACUGUUUCAACAGAAGUACCAUCUACAACUAGUACAACUCCUGGCACACCGCCUCCAUCAACAACCACCUCCACUACUCCAAUUACACCACCAACAACUGUUUCAACAGAAGUACCAUCUACAACUAGUACAACUCCUGGCACACCGCCUCCAUCGACAACCACCUCCACUACUCCAAUUACACCUCCAACAACUGUUUCAACAGAAGUACCAUCUACAACUAGUACAACUCCUGGCACACCGCCUCCUUCGACAUCGACAACCACCUCCACUACUCCAAUUACACCUCCAACAACUGUUUCAACAGAAGUACCAUCUACAACUAGUACAACUCCUGGCACACCGCCUCCUUCGACAUCGACAACCACCUCCACAACUCCAAUUACAGCUCCGCCAACUGUUUCAACAGAAGUUCCAUCUACAACUAGUACAACUCCUGGCACACCGCCUCCUUCGACAUCGACAACCACCUCCACUACUCCAAUUACACCUCCAUCAACUGUUUCAACAGAAGUACCAUCUACAACUAGUACAACUCCUGGCACACCAUCUCCUUCGACAUCGACAACCACCUCCACUACUCCAAUUACACCUCCAACAACUGUUUCAACAGAAGUACCAUCUACAACUAGUACAACUCCUGGCACACCGCCUCCUUCGACAUCGACAACCACCUCCACUACUCCAAUUACACCUCCAACAACUGUUUCAACAGAAGUACCAUCUACAACUAGUACAACUCCUGGCACACCGUCUCCUUCGACAUCGACAACCACCUCCACUACUCCAAUUACACCUCCGCCAACUGUUUCAACAGAAGUACCAUCUACAACUAGUACAACUCCUGGCACACCGCCUCCUUCGACAUCGACAACCACCUCCACUACUCCAAUUACACCUCCAACAACUGUUUCAACAGAAGUACCAUCUACAACUAGUACAACUCUUGCCACACCGCCUCCUUCGACAUCAACAACCACCUCCACUACUCCAAUUACACCUCCGCCAACUGUUUCAACAGAAGUACCAUCUACAUCUACAACUAGUACAACUCCUGGCACACCGCCUCCAUCGACAACCACCUCCACUACUCCAAUUACACCUCCAACUGUUUCAACAGAAGUACCAUCUACAUCUACAACUAGUACAACUCCUGGCACACCGCCUCCAUCGCAACAACUG